UCCAACUCCACAGACAGCAGUCCUUUGCGUUUCCAAAUUAUAACCUAAACAAAAAGGGCAAGUCUACAUAUAUUUUCUUUUUGCAAGAGAUGGAUCUUAAAGUUGAAACGAAACCCUCUUUCACACGCUCUUACUCAUAUUCACACUCGGAGAAAAGUAAAAGGGAAAGUAAAGGAGGGGAAAUAGCUGUGAGGCUUUGAGAAGAGUGAAAGAUGGCUGGUUACAGGGCAGAGGAUGACUAUGAAUAUCUUUUCAAGGUGGUGUUGAUCGGUGAUUCAGGAGUAGGUAAGUCUAAUCUGCUCUCUAGAUUCACCAGGAACGAGUUUAGCCUUGAGUCCAAGUCCACUAUUGGCGUUGAGUUCGCUACUCGUAGCUUGAAUGUUGAUACUAAGGUCAUCAAGGCUCAGAUUUGGGACACUGCUGGUCAAGAAAGGUAUCGUGCCAUUACAAGCGCCUAUUACCGAUGAGCUGUUAGUGCGCUUCUUGUGUAUGAUUGUAGAUACUCGGU